AUGCCGAAGCCAGCCACUCGGUACAACAUUGGUCUGCGCCCCGCACCAAAGCGGCAGAACGUCGGCAGCCAGUUCCUCGCGACGCAGAAGCACUACGCUCGUGAGCUAUGGUACAAGCGCCAGUACUCCUCCGCCCGCCCGUUUGCGAUUCAGAAACACAUGGGCAGCACCCCACGCAUCUUACUCGACCGCACGUUAUGGCGCUCCCUCUGGAUCACGAAGGCCAACAUCCCAGAUGUUAACCGCUGGGAGAAGGUGGUGAACAGCCAGCGGGUGAAGGAGGAUCGCUGGGCUUUGGUGGAGGAAGACGGUGCCAUGUACCAGGUGAAUUGGAAACUGUACUGCGAGCGACUUGAGUCGGAGCUGCAGAAAGCCCAGGAUCAGUUGCCACAGUACAGCUUCAUGAUGAAGGCUGUUCCAUCGGCGUGGAAAAAGCUGGACAUUGAGCUGAGCGUGCUCCGCGGACUCUCAGUUCGCGAAGCCAUGGCGCAGUGCAAGCUGUCUCCACGUAAGGGUCACAUGGCCGUCUUUCGAGCAUUAGAGCUGGCGCAACAAGGAGCAGAAAGCAAAGGGCUCGACAAGGACCGCCUGCGUAUCGCCUACAUCACCUGCAUGCCGGGGCCGACAGACAAGCAGGUGGACAUUCGCAGUCGUGGGUACUACGCUUGGAAGACAAAGAAGUCCUCUCACCUGCUGCUGACCCUUGCCGAGGAUCCAGAAAUGGUGUUACCAGACCGCACGGCGAUCCCGUACGCGUCGCUGAUGACGAUGAAACGUGCUGGGUUGCGGACAGAUCCGAUCGUGCUGGACGUGCCUGCCAUCACUGCUGAGGGUAUCUAA